AUAUAAUAUAAAUGUAUAUAUAAUAUAAAUUUGUAUCAAAUCCAGCAUUUGUUUCAUUUUCCUAUAUCUGCUCCGAUCUCAUCGCCCUCUCCUUCUCUUGGACUCUUUGCGGAUUGAAUCAUUUGCUUGUGAAGGGUUAGGGUUUUUGAAGAGAUGGGGCAACAGUCUUUGAUCUACAGCUUCGUGGCACGCGGAACUGUGAUCCUCGCCGAGUACACUGAGUUCACCGGUAAUUUCACCACCAUCGCAGCUCAAUGUCUCCAGAAACUACCGGCGUCUGACAACAAGUUCACCUAUAACUGCGAUGGCCAUACCUUCAAUUACCUCGUUGAAAAUGGAUUCACCUACUGUGUAGUUGCUGUUGAAUCUGUUGGCAGGCAAGUUCCAAUUGCAGUUCUGGAAAGAGUGAAGGAAGACUUCAACAAGAGAUAUGGAGGAGGGAAGGCAGCAACUGCUCCGGCCAAAAGCCUGAAUAAAGAGUUUGGGUCCAAAUUGAAGGAGCAUAUGCAGUACUGUGUGGACCAUCCUGAAGAGAUCAGCAAACUUGCUAAAGUGAAAGCUCAAGUUUCUGAAGUCAAGGGUGUCAUGAUGGAAAACAUCGAGAAGGUCCUCGAUCGUGGUGAGAAGAUUGAGUUGCUGGUGGAUAAAACUGAGAACCUUCACUCACAGGCCCAAGAUUUUAGGCAGCAGGGAACAAAAAUGAGAAGAAAGAUGUGGCUUCAGAAUAUGAAGAUAAAAUUGAUCGUUUUGGGUAUCCUCAUUGCCUUGAUUCUUAUCAUUGUGCUGUCAGUCUGCCAUGGCUUCCAUUGUUAAAUCUGUCUUGGAUUUCCUUUGUUCCGCACUUUGCCACCUUGCCGACUAGAUUGUCUUGAUAAAUUGGUUUGCUUUGCUAUGUUGUUUUUGGCCACGUGUUUUCUGUUUGCUUGCCAUUUGUAUAUUGGUUGAUUGUGUAUAGGUUAUAGUUCAAACUUCUUACGAUAGAUAAGC